GGCAGAGUAUAUAUAGUACCAGGUUGAACUGGGCAUGCAUUGGCUGCAGACGUGGCUGUACGAGACCGAGUCAUUACGGCGUACCUACUACCUAGGUACCUAGUGCCAGAGGUGGAAUUUUUAUACAAGUCCUGCAGAAGAGGAAUUCACCCUGGACAAUAAAUAGUAACGCUCGUAACUCCCCAACUCCAGCGCACACAGUCUUCCUGGCCCCUUCAACGCCGUCGAUAGUCAUGCCUGAUCCCUCAGGCCGCGCCAUCCCGUCUCGAAACGCACUACGCCCGAAUCCGCCUCCAGAUCUGUCCUUCCCGACCGCCAUCUCGACUCCUGAGUCCAACGACGGUGGCACAUACCGAAUUCAAAUCUUCUGGAAAGGCGACCCCGGUGUGGUAGAUAACUUCAUCAUUUGCUACCAGAACGAGGCCAUCAUGCGGAAAUGGUCCAAGGACAUCGAGAACCAACGGGCGAUUCAGGCCGAACAGCGCAACGCCCGGAAUACUGGAACAUCCGAGACCGAAUUCAUGUAUAUGAAGAGUGUGAACAUGCCUAAUCCAUACCAACAGGAGUAUGAUGCCGAAGAACAGUCGGUCAAGGAGGCGGCUUUCUUCUCCGAGUUUCCCAUGAGUCGAAACGCCUCGAGCACCAGCCUGCGGACACGGUCUGCCACCGGUGGCAGCGGCGGCUCCAGUCGACCUCGUUUCCAAAUGCAAAUGCCGGAAGCGUCCCUGGCGGUGCAUACUCAAUUCCAGACCGGAAGCAUGUCCCCGGGAGAGCGAAACGGCAACUCGUACUUCUCGCCCAUGUCCGAGGCCGCCCCCUCGGCGCGAUCGAGCUCACAGUCGACCGGCUAUUCCUACGGCCGGACCGGGACGCCUUCAAACCAAUGGCACGAGGAACCCAACCGGUAUACCGCGCCCGCACUGUCGCGCGGGGUCUCACGCGACGGGACGAACGGGACCUCUUAUUUCAAUGGGCCGCCUCCACCAAACGGACGAAGCGCGCAACGACCUUCGCUGCCUCCGAUGUCUGGGCCUCAGGCUCAGCCCCCGAACGGCAUGGCGCAGCGGAUGCGUUCGGCCAGCAGUCCAGAUAUUCACCACCAUACCGUGCCGGACCGUCGAUACAUGGCCGGAUCCAUCGACAAUGUUCCCGUGCCCCCAAUCCCCGCACACAUGGCCAACAUGCGAGCCCCGAUCAACCGCAGUCAGAACAACUCGCCGACAAGCCAUAACCUCCCGGGCGCGCGCUCCGCGACGCACUCCCCGGCGCAGCAGCUACCGGACGGGCGACCAGCGCCCCCCUUACAACAUACAAGCCACUUCCAAGAACCUCAGUACUCGGAGAGCAACCGCGGAACGCCGCUCGGCCAUGACCAGCCGACCUCGCCUCUCAGCCAGGAGUCGGAGGACCCCUUCAUGCCGACACAGCUCAAGGCCAAGGUCAACUUCGACGACAACUACGUCACCCUCGUGAUUGCCAGCAACAUUCUCUUCCGCUCCCUCACGGACCGCGUGGACGCCAAGCUGGCGCGGUUCACGAAUCGGUCCAUCGGCAGUAAAUCGGUGCGACUGCGCUACCGCGAUGAAGACGGCGAUUUUGUCACCAUCGACAGCGACGAGGCGGUCCAGCUUGCCUUUAUGGAAUGGCGUGAACAGCACCGGGAUAUGCUUUCCAAAGGGCAGGUGGGCGAGAUCCAACUAUACUGUCAAGUGGUGGAGAAUUGAACAUACGAGAGUUGCUCAUGACUAUCUUUCCUCAAAUCUAUUUGAGUCUUGCACAUUCUUCGCUCAUCUACUUAUUGACCGUUGCCUCUUUUGCCAUUACAACGACAAAGAGACUCAACUCCCUCCACUCCAUCACCGGGGGACCAACUUGAUAAAAGACUCCUUUCGACUGUAGUCGUCUGGUGAUUUGAUGAUGAUGACUUGGUUUUUUUUUUUUUUUUUUUUUUUUUUUU